UUCUGGCACGUGCUUCAGCGGCAUGGGUUGCUCUUUCGCGCAUUCGAAGGCGGAAUUGAGAGAGCGGCCGAGCCUUCGAGCCACCGAACUUUGCUUCCGAUUCGCAAAGGGAAACUGCCGCAAGGGCCAAGGAUGCAACUUUGCUCAUGGACAUCAUGAACUUCGCAGCCUAGCACAAUUGGUGCCACAAAAAUCCAUGGCCAGGUCGAACAAAAAGGAGGCUGCGGCGCGAGCAUCUGCACUUGCCUGCUUGGAUUACCCAGUGGAUUCCGCAACAGUGCAAGGGAUGAUGGCACUGACCGACCAACUCAGUCAAGAACUGACCGACCAACUCAGCUAUUUGGAGAUGGUUGAGGCCAGGUUCAAACUGAUGGAGCAGAUGAUGCCCUUUCUUGAUGCCCCGCCGGGCUUGUCACCACCAACAGGCAGUUGUGGUUACCUUGGUUACCAAAGUUACCACAGCGAACAAACUGUUGCAGCCGAGGGCGAGGAGCAAACCCCAAGCUUCUCAUCCGUGUCUCCAGUGACGGCACAGGGUGAGCCGGGUGAGCCGGUGAAAAUUUGGCUCUGAGGCCAUGAGUCUCCUGAUUUUAUACAAGCUCUCAGCAUACCCCCCAGCCCCCAGCGUCGCUCUAUGCCCUUGAUGCUUGGGAAAAAGCUGAGCUGAUACGCUGCAUCGUGAUCCCUAGGUCCUAGGUUCUUCCUCAUCACUCCCAGCUCCCACCAUUGAGC